AUGACCGAGCCAGAAGCAACACAUGACAACACUUCACCAUGCGACCAAAAGCGCGAAGCAGUGACAGCAGCUCGCCGCCAUGGAAAUAUCGAAACCAUUCGCAAACAACCCGGCUGGUCAGGCUUUCCUUCUUGUAUACCCAUCUCUAUGCGAACAACCAAGAGCGGCAAAGUAACUGAGUUCGGAAACACCAAACUUCGCAUCAUCGAACGCAUCGCUGUCUCUACAGAAUUCGACAAGGCAUUGGACUUUCUCAAAGGCUUGACGGACGGAGGUGAAAGAUUGCUCAGCCUGAAAGAUCUGGAGCAAUGUGCCGCGAAGUUCGACACGGGCAAGAGAGGGAGACAGCAGUCGAGGGAUCGAGGUGGAUCGAGUUCUGCACCAACGAGCACUGUGGUCAGCCAGGCGGAUGAAAGCGAACCAAGCUACCAAUCCAUGGCACAGCCUCUGGACUCCUGGAAUGGAUUCACUCUAGACGCAAGCCCAAUGCCUUUGCAAACUGGAUCUUUGACAGCACCACUCAAGCGUCCAAGUCCAGAGGCCUUCCAAAACAUGUCCGUGUCGCCAGUGGAGACCAAACGACCACGCAUGGAUACCCUCUUCGACACCCAGCAGGCAGACUUUCCAUUCCAUAUGUCGGAGCUGGAGUCAUAUAACACAACAAACCUAACCGUUCCCCAAAGCUACCACCAGCAGAGUAGCCCAAACAUGCGAGCAUCACCAGGCAAUACAAUCCCGCGCUCGCCAUCUCAAGACCCCGCAAGAGCAUUGUUGAGCAUACAUCCACACGCCGGAAGCAUCUUCUCGAACCUCAACACAGCAUUUGACGACUUGCUGGCUCGGAUCGAAGACCAUCAGCAGAUUGUCAAAACUGCGCUUGACCAAUACCGUAUGGCCACGAACGGAUUGAGUGUGGCGUCUGGGACUUCGAACAACAACGGUGACCGUGAUUUAGAAGCGGCACUGAGGACAGCACAGAGGAAGGAGGUCCGCGCUCGUCAUGAUUUGGAACAAGCGAGAUCAGCAAGAGACGUGAUUGACAUUGAGUAUGGCCAUAUCGGUACAUCGCUAUCCCGGGCGCUGGUGGACACUGUGCGAGCCGAGUAUUCGCGCGCAGGAGUAGCCAUGACACAAGCUCAAGCAGAUGUCGAGGCCGCCAGGCAAAGGUUGAACAAUGCGAACAACCGAGAGCAGGUCCUGAAACGUACGAAAGAUGUCGCAGAGGUUGGAAUCGAUCAGCUACAGCGACAGACCAGGUUUUGGUUGAAAAGAUUAGCAGAGGCAGGCGUCAAGUUGACGGAUCAAUUGGGCAAUCUGCAAGAGUCACGAACGAGCCCAGUCGGCAGGAACCGACAGAGGAGUCUGAAUCGACUACUUCUUCAAUAG